UUUUUCAAAAAAAAUGUAAAAAUGUCGGAGUUAUCAUAUAAUGCUAAAAGUUUUUUUUGCGGGUUCAUUAACGAUGAUAACUCAAGUAAGGAAAUAAGUGUUAUCAUCAAUGAAGACCCUCCAUUAGCUCGUCAACUUAAUACCAAGUCAACACUUGAAUGUAUUCGAGAGCAGCUUUCAAACCCUGAUGAAAAAUUAUGUAUUUACGAUAAUAUGUCAUUUAUUGGUCCUAAGGGAGAAAUUGAAAGAAUUAAUGAAUCCAGAAAAAGUUUAAGAGAGACUUUAACAGGAGAAAAAGGAGAAAUUCUUAAGAUUAAGAAAUCUCUGGAUUGUUUGGAUGAAAGAGAAGUUAUAGAUAAAUACAAGUUGGAAUAUGGCAAGAAAAUAUCUGAAGAUGGAUUAAUUCAUUCUGAAGAGAAAGCAUUUGAAUUUGCUAAACCAAUUACGAAUCAACUAAAAAUUUAUAAACGUCAUGAGUAUGACCAUAAAACUGAAACCUGUAGUAAUUCUUAUGAGAAAUAUUGUCUAAAAUAUUUUAUUGCUAGUGUAAAUGCAACCUUACCAUGGUCACCGCUUUCUGUCAACUUCUCUGUAUCACAUGAACAUAAUAAUAGUGAAACGGACUCUAGAGAAUCUUCCACAACUUAUGAUGUUGAAGACCAUGUGAGAUCAAUAAUAGAAAUUACUAGCAUUUUUCCAACGGUUAAAUUUAAACAAGCUGUGGAGAAAGCCCUAGAAAGCUCAGAUUCUUUCUCAGAACUCAAGAAGAUAACGGAAAAAUUUGGUGAAUAUGUUAUUUUGAAAAUGAAAUUAGGAGGAAAAGCAAUCAACAUUAAACGUUCAUCAACUAUUGCACAACAGAAAACUAAUGUAAAAUCUUCUAAUAUAGAGGUUAAAUUAAAUACGAACAAUAUCAUUGGUGGUGAAUUCAGUGGCUCAUAUGAACAUGGAGUUAAUGGAAAUAGUUCUUUACAAGAGGCAUUAACUCAUUCUAAAAUAUUUGGUGGAAAUGAAAAUAAAUAUAAAAAAGAUGAUUUAAAUGAAUGGAAAGAUUCUUUAAGUGAUAGUUCAAAAUGGAAAAUUAUUAGUUAUGAUAAAAUUGAACCAAUUUUUAGUAUUUUAGAUGAAGAAUUACGUCAAGAAGUUAUAAAAAUUGUUAUUGGACGAAAAAUUUUAGAAAUAGGAAAAGAUCCAAUUAAUAAUUUAAAAUUAUUUCCCAAUCGUCCAUAUAAGCAUGAACUAAAAAUACCUCCUUCUUUACAAUCUAAUCUACGGGAUUGUCAAAUAUUUGCAUCUAUUAUGAACAAAGAAAAAAAAAAGGAUGUAUUUUCAAUUCAAGUAGUACAUAGCGACUGUUCAGCUUCAAUUUUACUUCAUAGGAUUAGCGAUAAUGAUGAAAAUAAACCAAAAUGUUACAAUUUAUGGAUAGGAUGGAUAAUUAUUGGAUAUCCAAAUGAUUUUACCAAUGUAAUGGAUGAAUUUAAAGUUAAUACUAGCAAAACUGUUGAUAGUGAUACAAGUAUCCAAUUUCAAAAACUAGAGUUCUGUCUUUUGGCAAAUUGUGCAUAUAAAGCGCCUAAAGAGUCAAAUAGUAAUCCGUUUGAAUCAAAUAUUAUAGCUGGUGUUUGUUUCUGUGAAAAUUCAACCCUAAAGGCAUUUGCUUAUGACCUCGAAUCUAGGGAACGAGAAAAUAAUGUGAAUACUUUUUCUACUCAUUACAGUUUAAUUCAAAUUCCUUCGGAAUCAAAUCAAACUUAUUUUGAAUUUGAAAAGAAACGGCGUCUUUUAAGAUUUAAAUAUAGUACUCCAAGAUCAUAUAGUACUUUUGUAAAUAAACAAAAUAAACAAAAACAACCUUUAUGGGAAUGUGAUGACUUAAUAUUUUUUAGUCUCCUUUCGGAUAAUAGUAAUCUAGGAUUUGCAUGUAUUACCCCCAAAAAAUUGUUAUUCAAACCUCUUAAUGAAACUGCUUGUGAGCAACUUCAGAUAUCAUAUUUUCGAAUGCAGUUUGACACUGGCAUAAAUUUGUAGAUAGGAAUAUUUAUUAUAUAUUUAUAUAUUACAAUAAAUUAAUCAUACUUUUACAUCCUAUACUU